AUGGAAAUACUGGAUAAAUUUGAAAGUACCAACAAUCCAACUCAAAAAGAAAAAUUUGAAGGCGAUCUAAAAAAAGAAAUUAAAAAACUUCAAAGAUUAAGAGAUCAAAUCAAAACAUGGAUUACAGCUAGUGAAGUGAAAGAUAAGCGACCAUUAUUAGAAGCACGUAAGGAAAUCGAACAGGAUAUGGAACGAUUUAAAGUAAUUGAAAAAGAGACAAAAACUAAAGCUUAUUCCAAAGAAGGUCUAUUAUCAACUGAAGCGAAAAAAGACCCAUUACAGAAAGAAAAAGAAGAAUUAGAUGAUUGGUUAAAACAAUGUAUUAGUUCAUUAAAUACACAAACAGAAAAAUAUGAGUUUGAGAUUGAAAGCUUAUCAAAUAAUACUAAAAAGAAAAGAAUAGAUAAAGAAACAGCUUCAGCAAUCGAUGAAAAACGUCAACGUUUAGAAAUGUGUUGUUUUCAUGUUGAAAAACUUGAAACCAUUAUGCGUUUAUUAGAUAAUGAACGAUUAGAUUGUACAAAGGUUAGAUCUAUUCAAGAGUCUAUUGAAUAUGUGAUCGAUUGUAGUGAUAAUCAGUCUAUGUUUGACUUUAAGAAUAUUUAUGAUGAUUUAUGUUUGGAUGAGUUAGGUGAUUCUACUGGAAUAACUGCAGCACCAGGCACUGCAACAGGAAAUCAAGAGCAUGAUUUAAAUGGUGUAAUUACCCCCGGUACUACACUAGUAAAUCAACGAGUAGGGAGUGAUGAUGCUGGCUCUUCAACUUCGACUCAUACAAGUGCAUCAAAUAAUACAGAUUCGUCUGUCACUCAUCCUGGGUCAUCAGCAUCAUCCAAUGCGUCUUCUUCCCGAGAACGUGCUAAAAGUGAUGAUAAAGUCUCCUUGUUACCACAUGUAUCCGCUUCUUCUACUAGUACACCUAUGAAAUCUUCAAAUACACCAGGUUCAUCGGGCAAACAAAAACCGGCUGCUUCAAUUAAUCAAACUGCUCCUGCUCUUAUGUCCCAAGUUGUUGCUGGCACUCCUAAUAAAUCUGGAAAGUUGAACGCAAAUAGUCAUUCAACAUCAAACAGUAUGACAAUCGUUGCCGAGAUAGGCCCGGCCAAACCCUCUAGUACUAUAGAUUCUCAGGUCGUUGUUGACGAUCUUGCUCGAAACCAGAAGAACGAAACCACCCAAAAACAUAAUGACCGUCCCAAUACAGUUACAACAAAUCCUCAGUUACAAUCACAGAUAAAAAAUGGCCCCAGUGACGAUAGCAAUUCAUUAACACCUUUCUCCUCUGCUUCAGGAACAAAUUCAACGUCUACAGCACCUAGUCUUGCAUUUUCCGCCUCUCAUAUAAAGGAAGAUUCUUCUGUGAUCAACAGUCGAGAAGAAUUACUUGCGCCAUGUCAACCGUCAUGUGUUUCCAACUCAAUAAAUUCUUCGUCACCUAUUCCGCUCCGAAGUAUGUCAUCUGAAGUUAGCAAAGCUUCAGGUGUUACUAAUGCUUACAACAAUUCGAUGCUUUCCACUUCUACAGACGAAAACUCUGAAAACGUAAAUCGUACUCCUCCCAGUCUAUAUUCAACGGCUAUGCUAGCUGCUUCUCAGGAUAAACAAUUGUCAUCCCUACUCGCUUGCUCUCAACAUCCAUCUUUAGGACGUGCAGGUUCGAAUUCUGUUGUGGAUCCGUCACUUUCUGCAAUUUCCUUGUCCAGUAAAUUUCACUCAACAUCUGGUGUUUCAUCUUUACCACUUCCUUCAACUAUCAUAUCUACAACCAAUCCUCAAGUACAGUCCUCUUAUUUGGGACUAGACAGCCAACUAUCCAGUAUACAACCGUCUUUACAUUCUCAACAAAUAAAAAAUCAGAAUAGUCCUGUUCAUGCUCAUAUGCAUCCACGUGAUGCUGCUGCUCCCUUCCGUAACAGAAAUUUGGACAAACCCAAAGGAGCUGUACCACAAGAGAUUCAUUCUAUGGUGAAAAAACCACAGUUUAUGAAAUCAUUAUACGAGUAGUCUUUUGCCAGAAUCCUAGUGUUUGUUUUGGUAAACUUUUUGGCAAACAAAGCCUUGAUAUGCACGUAUAUUUAAUCGUAUUCUUUAAUCUUAAGUUGGUUUUUGCUACAAAUUUUCAGUAGGAUAAGAACCGGAGGUCGCUAAGUAACUGUUUUAUCCCAGUUUGAAACUUAUCAUUAAUAGAUCCUUCCACUCAUAAGAGCUCGAAUUCAAGAGAUUCAGUUAUCCUCACUCGAUUAUACUAUAUGGAGCUGGGUUCAAACCCUAUAUUUGAAAGUCGAACACCUUAAUCAUUGAUUCGCCGCUCCAUCAUCUAGUACUAUCAGACAAGGUCAUGGGUAAGCGCUCUUGAUGAGCCUUUCACUAGGACGAACUAUCUAUCUAUCAAUCCCUAACUUCUAAUGAUUUCGAGCUAUUUUUCAAACGACUUUUAAAUUGAACGAAUCUCGACAGACUUAUUAUAUAAUAGAAAAAUAUGUUGUUUUAAUCUUUUAAACAUACAUUGGAACUCUACUAAUAAUUCUCUAACCUUAUUAAUUUUAAUCGAGG